AUGCUGGCGGAGGUGUCCUGCUCUGGUUUUGAGCCGCAGACGUAUCUCCGAGAACGCUGCAAGAAAUGCUUCCGCUUGCGAUCGAAGCAUGACGUUGAAAAUUCCGACAGUGCCGUAAACGCCACUAAAAGUGGUAAGAGCAGUUCGAAUGGACAGCAGCAGCACACCUCCGUAACUGCAAGUAUGAAUGACGAAGACACAACGUCAUGCACAUCAUACAAGUCAGCUAGCUCGAAAGGUCUCUCAAGUGCGAAGUCGGCCGAGAGUAUAUCAUCGAAUCAGGACAGCAAGAGCAUGAUUACAGCCAUUUCUGAAAGCAUUCAGGAUGAUGAACGAGCAAUUACGCCUAUGGAAAGCAGUUCGGUCGGUGCUUCUCCUGAAAUUACCAAUCUGUUCACAAAACUCAUUCUCAAAACUGUAAUGGUUGAGGCUUCUUCGUCCUCUCUCUUUUCGUUACCUGCCAUUCUGCAUGGAAAGAAGAGGUUUUAA